AUGGAUGAUAGUAACCAUGAAAUGGUGAACAUGUUGGCCCAACAAAUAGGAACUGUGUUUAACCCUUUUAUCCAAAACACAAACGAGUCUUAUCAGCAGUUGACCAGACAAAUGGGUCGAAUUGCUGACGCAUUUGGAGUCCCUCGAAACGAGGUGGCGAAUCCUUUGGGUGCAGCGGUGAAUAACACUGUUGAAAUCAAUGCAGUUCCUCAGAAUGAACCGCUUCAAGCAAAUGUCGAAGUAGCAGCAUUGCAAGGUGGUCGAAACCAAUUGGAUAACCCUGGUGUCCAAGUGCCUCAAAAUAUUGAAAAUCCUAUUUUAAUAAAUCGAAAUAUAGACGCAGAUAGGAUAGUCGAGAGAGUUAGACAAAAUAACAUCUGGGGGCAUCAAAAUAUAGCGGGCAUAGUCGAAAAAUUAUUGAACCAACAUGGGUUCAAUGUGGGCUAUGCGAACCGACCCCAUUUUGCUUCGGCUUUCUCCGAGUUCGUCCUCCAGACCGAAUUACCUAGAGGAUGGAAGGUCCCAAAAUUUACUAAGUUUUCAGGGGACACUGGAGAAUCGACGGUCGAACACAUUGCUAGGUACCAAACAGAAGCAGGGGAUAUAGCAAAUAACGAGAACUUGAAAAUGAAAUAUUUUCCUAGUUCUUUAACCAAAAAUGCUUUUACCUGUUUUACCACUUUGUUGCCUAAUUCGAUCCAUAAUUGGACACAAUUGGAAAGAGUUUUUCAUGAACAGUUCUUUAGAGGUGAGUCGAAAGUUAGUCUGAAAGAACUGGCUAGCGUGAAAAGAAAGUUUAAGGAAACCAUAGACGAUUAUUUGAAUAGGUUUAGACAAUGGAAGUCGAAGUGCUUCACUCAGGUACCAGAACAUGAGUUUGUCGAAAUGGCGGCUGGUGGCCUAGACUAUUCAAUUCGUAAGAAAAUAGAUACCUAA